AGCAGCUCGGAGCAAAACGCUGCCUUCGUCUCCGCAGGCAAGCUCAUCUUCGGGGUCCUUAGAAGACAGACACGGCAGCGCACGAGGGCUUCUGAAAAGAACUGUCGGGGUCGGACACAGACGCGAACUCUAAAGAACCGGAGGCCCGCAGAUCCAAGAGGGAGAGCAUCCAAGUGCUACUCACCUCGGCAGCCGACGCCCGCCCUCUGACGACCUCAAACGCGCCGACGACUCGAGCCGACGACCAAAAAAACAAACAACAUGGAGCCCGACGAGUUAGAGCCGCCGCUCCCGCCGCCGCCGCCGCCCCAGCCAAUCAUCGAGGAAGAGGAAGGCGAGCGCAUGUGCCGCUACUGCUUUGAUGGAGAAGAGGAGGGCGAGCUCAUAGCGCCCUGCGCCUGUAAGGGUGGCCAGCGCUGGGUCCACCUCGAAUGCCUCCGAAGGUGGCAGCGCAUGGUUUUAGUGAGUCAACCGACCCACCCCAUGUUCCACGGCGACGACCUACGACAGCAGACCUGCAACGUGUGCAAGCAGCCUUAUACUUGUGAACCGCCCACGAGGCACGACCUCAUGAGAAGUUUUACGGGGGUCGAAAUUGCGUCCCUCGUCGACGUCGGUUGUAUCAUCGCGGCGGGCGAAGAGUUCUCGAGGGAGCUGGAAGAGCAGUUGGAUGGCAUGCCUCCUUAUCUAAGGCAUGCGUCCAGUUACGAGCACUGGUGUCGCUCGGCUUAUGUGAUUACUGGUGUCCAGGACGAUGAUGGUUUAUAUGAAUUAACGUUGGACACGGAAAGAUCUCUCGAGAGGUUACGGGAAGCUCUUGGUGCAGAUGGUGCUACGGUGUCCUUGCGAGGCAAGCGGUUACGGGCGACGGCUCGUGGUUCCCUGGAGGGCGCCGAGGACAUCGGCGAAGCGCUGGCAGCUCUAGAAGCGCCGGCGACCGUCGUAUUGAUAGAAGUGAACGCCGAUGGGUCACCUACCCCAAGAUCUUGCGGCGACGACCACGUCGCCGCGGUGAACGUGUGUCGGCCUCUACCGGAGGACUGGGACAAUCCGCGGAGUAGAGCGGCCGUCGCGACCGCACUCGAUUCUAUUUCCACGAAGUUCGGCGCCGAAUGGCGCGAAGAAUGCGACAAAGUUCGACUAGUACAUCAUGUGGGCGGGCCGUGUGAUGCGAGGAGUAUCGUGAGGUGCUUCGUGCUUGGGACGGGCGGGGCGCGGGGCUACUCCAUCGUCGAAUCCUUACCGGACGCGAUGCUUUUGGCGGCGCGCCUGGCGAAGAAGGCCUCUGAAAAUCGCGACCUGAGUCAGGGCAUCGGCCCCGGCGCGCGCGUGCGCCUCCAGAACCUAGCCACGGCGACGGAGCUCAACGGUGUUUUAGGUGUGGUACUAGACACAGCCCGGGGCGACCGCUGGAAGGUGGCCUUAGCUUCCGAAGAUGGCACGUCUAGAAUUGUUACUUGUAGACCAGAAACACUUAUCCCAGAAACCUCCUCCUUGUACGGCCAUCCGCCGACACCGAUCGAACAGAACGAGUCGUCGGACGACGACGAGUCCAUGGACGGCGGCAUCGAGGCCGCGCCGCCGGCCGAGCACGGCGCGCCCAUCACUUCGGACGCGACGCCGGCGACGGGCACGGUCCUGUGCUUCUGGGGCGACGCGCGCUGGUCGCGGACUCAAUUACUGGGGGAGAUCGCGCGGGGGCACUGGGGCAUGUGCCGCGCCUACGCGCGCGACGUCCACGCCGCGCCGGACCAGCGACGGAGCGGGCUCGAGGACCGGCUGGUCUUCGCUCCUGUCACGGCGAUGACCGAGGAGAGCAUCGUGCGCGCGCGGACGCAGAUGCGGCCGCUGCGCGAGCAGGCGCGCCUGGCGGCUCAGGGAGAAGAGGGUGCCGCCGAGGACGCGGCGUCGCCGCGGCGCGCGUCGGACGCGUCGAACGAGCCGCCGCCGCCGCCCUCGCCGAUGGGCUCGCCCUGAUAGUCCCUUCCCUUGCUUGUUAACCCCCGAAGUAAGUCACAUACUACUC